AAUUCGUCAACUUUCAAUUUGAUAUAAGAGCAAACACGGGCACACGUUAUUGGUUAUCGAAUGCUUGAUUUCGAAGUGAAUGUUUUUGUUGUAUUGAAAGGAGGGCAAGAGAUAGAAAAGGGGAGAGAGAACGACACGAUAGACGAACGACGACUCUUAGAGAGAGGGUUUCUCAGCUGGGUCUGUGCUUCACAAGAUUAUGUGCUCUCAUUCUGUCUGUGAAACCUUUCUAUAAUUUGUGUCGAAGAAACUACUCUAGAUCGCAUUUUGUUGAUUUCAUGACAGACAAAUAGCUCACUGCGCCAACCGCACUAAAAAUGGCUUUAAAGCGCGUGGUUUUUCUACAAGAAUUUUGCCCUCACCCAGUCAGUUCGACCACUCUGCUCGAAGUCCUUUACACACGAAUACCAGGACUUUCGAAAGAAAACCAAGCCGCAUUGUACAGGGUGUUUGAGGAUUGUCCAGAUAUACGGAAACAAAUUGAUCAAACAUCAAGCUUCAAGGGCAAUCAUAGAUUUGCGAACGAAGAAUUGGAGCUUAUCUAUGAUGUGCAACUGCGACAGAGGACGGGUUAUCCGGAUGAUGCCCUUCGGGACAUGGUGCAGCAACGCCCACAAAUGAAUGUUCACUUUUGCGUCUACACCCAUUUGUUUCGUUUCACACAUCAUCACAUAGAAUUUCUUCAGGAGGUAAACGUGCUCCACGAGCUGGCAAAAGCUGCCAUCUGGGUGUCGGAGAUUCUACGAUCAUUGUCUUUGUACACAACGUGCUUGCCAAUCUUUAUGCUCCCAUUACUACUCUCUGGAUACCCGUAUCGAACAAUGCUAAAUCAUAUCGCUCCAGGAAUUUUCAUCUUUGAUAUGAUCCAUCUAUUUCCUGAACUUUUUCCCUUCUGCACACAGCACCCGAAGAUUUGCAAAAACUUCUGUUUAAACUACAACCUGCCAUUGACGAGAGAAAACCGUCUGUUAAAGCUUAUUGAAGGUAUGUUGACGCUGACACCAGUAAGCCGCGCACAGCUGGAGACUCUAUACGAGUAUAUCAGAAAACUCGACAAAAGGGCCUAUUCGUCUUUCACGGAAUUUUUGAGCGAAGCUAAGUUCGUCAUGGAAUCCGACCAAAAUGAUUGGUUUUAUUUAAAUCGUUCAAGACUAAAAGGCUAUGUGGACGGAUCUCAACCAUCGUUGACAUUAUCAGAUAGUGAUUCGAGGAGCACUCGGCAGAUGACGAGCGUGAGUUCUCUCUCCAAAGAAACAAUUAAAACUUCUUGCCGUACUUCAAGCGGGGAGAACCUCUUGUAUCAGUCGCUUCUUACAGGCAGUGGCGAUUUCGCAGAUGAUUUGCUAGAGCAGCCCGAAAUGAUCGUCAAAAUUGCUCGGGACUUAUUCAAGCUGCAUAGUACCAGUACCGUGAAGCUCAGCACCUUAAUGGUGCAGAUUAAUGAAGCUUACGUAAACAAGAGCGGCCAGUGUGCUGCUAAUAUGGAUAUACUGAGCUCGUUGAUGGAGUCGCCGCAGUUCAGUUUUAAUUAUGAUAAUUCAGAGAUAAGUUUCGUUCCUUGCUUAUAACUUUGAUGUACUGCGGUUAAUUUUACGUAUAAUAUGUAGGCUCACGUUGUAAACAGCAUAUGCAUGUAAAAUAAGACUUUAUAAGUAAACAAACGUUUAUACCAAGUGCCCACGGACCCAAUGCCUAAAGAGCUAUUCUCUACUGGCAGUAUUAUAUUUUGUGCAAGCUAAUUUAGUUUUUUUAUUUAACGCUAAGUUAGUAAGCAUGACAGCUAUUGCCUCAUCGUAUCCAAAUACCAACUUAUAUGCUAACACAGCAAUGCAGCAAACAAUAAAAUGUGAAAAUAAUACAUUUGUUUCCGCAGUAGUAACAAAUAUAUUAUUCGUUUACUUGUUUAUUAUUUGACCAUGUUUUUGGUACCCACUUCGGGAUCUUUAGUAUAAAUCAAAGGACAAUUAUAAAAAGUAUUAAGAAUGCAGCAAUUCCACGUCAGUCAGAUAAAGGUUCAGUAGUGUCGUAGGAGCAUACAUAUGCCUUUAAAUCUGCCUCAUGUUUGCGCCAGAACUACAAAGCGCACGUCACCAAUUCAAAAUAAUAUAUUAUGGAGAAUAAUAAUCAUACUUUUUAUGGUUAAAAUUAGUUCGUGGCAAAUGAUAAUACCUCACAAAUUUCGUAUUUUAAUUUAUUUCGUGCUAUUACCAUGUUUUUUAUGAUGAGCCAAUUUUUACACGAACGAGAAUAAUAUAGUUUGCCGCAGGUAGCAAUAUUAUUGUUAUCACGUCAUUUGGAAUUGCUGUUUGGAACAAUUGUUAAUGCUAUAAUCUUCUGUUAUUUUGCACCUACGUAUACUUU